AUGUGGUCGUCACCUGGUGGCGGCGAGAAGCCCACAGCCUCACCUCAAGAAAUGGUACAAGUCGAUCGCUCCGAAUCUGCCUCGCCCUUCUGGAGACUGCCGGUCAGAGAGCCAGCUUCUAGAAGAAGCGUGACGACGCCUGCGAACCGCGACUCCAACUUGGUUGUGGGCGCUGCCUACUCCCAUGCCGAUAUGCUCAAGCUGGACUCCUUGAGCCUCUCUGGAAACCGACCGCAAACACCCCCGUCGACGAAUUCUAUCAAAGCUCGAAACAGCGAGGCUACCCCUCCCCCGCGGGCAUCUACGGGCGGCACAAACUCCCCUCCGUUCAAGACCUACAUGAAUUUCCUUUCCAACACCAACGACGACUGGAAAGCUGACGAAGAUGACAUGCUUGGUUACGACGAUGAAGACGGUGACGAGUUUGGGCUGCCGAGCCUGUCCAACAUGAAGAGAAGGGCAAACAAGAUGGCGUCGCAGAAUAAGGCCAAUGCCGGGACAUUGUCGCCAGCUCUGGGAGGCUCAUUCGCCAUGGGGGGGAGGCGACCUUCAAACAGUGCCGACAUUGCCAUCGAAAGACCAUCAUUAUCAUAUCCAACGCCAAGCAAGAGCGAGGGCAAGAUCCUCCGGCCGCAGUACAAAGAUAUUCUCCAAGAUCCCGCAAACGCCUUGCACCUUAUCAACUACCCAUCCAUCCCAGGCGACGCGACGUCCAAGGAAGCGGACGUCAUCAAUUCUCGAAUAACAAGAAUCAACAAGUUCAAGAAGCUGCUCCAGGCCUCGUCCAUCCCGCUGGCAGAAUUGCGGGCUCUGGCCUGGUCGGGCGUCCCCGGCGAGGUCCGCGCCAUGACGUGGCAGCUCCUGCUCAGCUACCUGCCCAUCAACAGCGAGAGGAGAGCGGCGACGCUGGAGCGCAAACGCAAAGAGUACACGGACGGCGUGCGGCAAGCCUUCGAGCGGGCCGGCCUCAACGCCGCGUCGCCCGGACGAGCACGAGGGCUGGACGAAGCCGUGUGGCACCAGAUCAGCAUAGACAUUCCCCGCACGAACCCCCACAUCGAGCUCUACAGCUACGAGGUGACGCAGAGGUGCCUGGAGCGGAUCCUCUACGUGUGGGCGGUGCGCCAUCCCGCCAGCGGCUACGUCCAGGGCAUCAACGACCUGGUGACGCCCUUUUUCCAGGUCUUCCUGGGCCUGUACAUUGCCGACCCGAACGUCGAGGCGGGCAUGGACCCCGGGCAGCUGCCCAAGUCGGUGCUCGACGCGGUCGAGGCGGACUCGUUCUGGUGCCUGACCAAGCUGCUCGACGGCAUCCAGGACCACUACAUAGUCGCGCAGCCGGGCAUCCAGCGCCAGGUCGGCGCCCUGCGCGGCCUGACCGCGCGCAUCGACUCCGCCCUGUCCAAGCAUCUCGAGCAGCAAGGCGUCGAGUUUAUCCAGUUUAGUUUCCGGUGGAUGAACUGCCUCUUGAUGCGCGAGAUGAACGUCAAGAACAUAAUCCGCAUGUGGGACACCUAUCUUGCCGAAGAGCAAGGCUUCUCCGAAUUCCACCUCUACGUCUGCGCCGCCCUGCUCGUCAAGUGGUCCGACAAGCUGGUCAAGAUGGACUUUCAAGAAAUCAUGAUGUUCCUCCAGAGCCUGCCCACCAAGGCCUGGACCGAAAAGGACGUCGAGCUGCUCCUCAGCGAGGCCUUCAUCUGGCAGAGCCUGUACAAGGGGUCCGCGGCCCACCUCAAGGGCGGGCCUAGUAAGCCGCUGCUUUCGAAUCUGCAGCUGUGA